AUGGAUCCUUUGAUUGGCAUUUCCAACGAUGGCAAGGCAUGGCUUAUCAAUGCUAUCUUGAACGAAGAUACCUUUGAGACGCAGACAAAGAGAAAUGCUACAGGCUUGACAUAUCAAGAUCGCGUCUGUGACAAUCACAUCUCGCCUUCAAUUGAUCUGAAACAUCAGCAAGCUAUAGAUUUAUCUGACAUUUCCACCACUCCUCACUCUCAUGGUGCAGCCACUACGAACACGCCUAGUCAGAUCUCAGCACCCGGAGAUUCGCGUGAUCACAUCAACUUGGGUCAGGAGAUUGAGAAUGAUGAGAGUGUAGAACAUGACGACGACGUUGCCCGAGGAUCGAAUGCUACUUCUUUGGGAGACUGGAUCAAUGAAUUGAGAGGGUUCGCAAGUUUCAAUGGAGGCAAAAAUGAAAGUGAAUCCAUGGCGUUAGACGGAGAUAGUACCAACAAUGACCCUGCGCUCUCUACCGCAUCGGACAACGACAAAUCUACAGGCGCAUCAAUGAGACGAUUCACUCUCGGUGCUGAAGACCUUACCACGAGCCCAGAAGCGAAGUCGGAAUGGUCCUUUUCGGAGGCCAGCUCCAUGGAAGAUGAUGACAGUGAAACGAUGGAGGACUUCAAGCAGAGACUAAUUUACUGGAUUGCACAGAUGAUGUUUGUCAGUGGCGAGACUGCAGAACCAAGCCCCGAGACGACAUGGAUGAUUGAAGAGAUUGUACGGGAGCAAGUUCUAGAAAUGCUUCAGCAGGCUACCAUCCUCGCUAAUCGUCGUGGCUCCAGAUCGAUUUCCAUUGUCGACUUGAUCUUCCAGAUCCGCCAUGACCGAGCAAAAGUAUCCCGCCUCAAGACUUUCCUCUCGUGGAAGGACGUGCGUAAGAAUGUUAAGGACUCUGAUGACAAAGGAGGCGGCGAUGCUGGUGACGUUGGUGACUUCGAAGAGGCGUCGGGCGGAGUGAAUCCAUCGGCGCCACAGAAAGCAACGGGCACGAAGAAAGCCAAACUUGUGCUCCCCUGGGAAGUGCAGUCAUUCUACGCAGAGCAAGUGCCCGAGCGCGAUGAUGAAGAAGACGAGGAAGAAGAGGAACAAAACGAGGCAACACUGGCCCGUCUUGCGUCGGCAGACGAACGCACCAAGGAUAUGACACGGGAGGAAUAUGUGUACUGGUCGGACUGCCGUCAAGCGAGUUUCACAUUCCGCAAAGGCAAGCGGUUCCGUGAGUGGGCAGGCUUUGGCACCAUCAUCGACAGCAAGCCGAAUGACGACGUGGUCGAUAUCCUGGGGUUCCUGACCUUCGAGAUCGUACAGACCCUCACCGAGGAGGCUCUCAAAGUCAAGGCCGCGGAGGACCUGGCGAAUAAGAAAGCCUCAGGUGGUGGCGCCGGCGCUACUGGUAGGAGUGAUCUGGAGGCAUCCAAGAAGCGCAAGCGUGAGGGUUGCAGUCUUUUCGAAAUGCCAGAGGAAGGGCGCACCCCCGUCGAGCCAAAGCAUGUUCGUGAGGGCUUUCGUCGUCUGCAGGUCACUCCUCCUAAGUACAAGUUCAUGCGCCCUGGCUAUGCUGGAAUGAGGACACCGUUGAGGUUGAUUUGA